AUGCAAGCUGCUGCCCCACACACACAGGGACUAUGCCACUUCUGCCACGCCUUUUCGUUGCAUUGUUCUUGCGAGCAUCUCCAUGAUCCCGCGCAUAUUUUACUACCAGCUCAUCCUCGCAAAGCUGCGUCAUCUGUUCCUGCUGCUCGGAACACCACUCUCUCUUUCAAGUGGGGGCAAACUUCACGAUUCCUUGCUGCCAACCAGGCUGACACUUGGGCUGAGCAUUUUCGCCAGGAAUGCAUUGAUGUCCACAUGAUUGCUGCCAUGAGUGUCCCGGAUCUCAAAUCUGUGCUUCAACCUGUUCCAGCUGGUGUUUUGUACCGUCUUCAUGAUGCGGCCCCGCAGUGGCUGGAAGAGGACAGCAGCAGAGCGCCAAUGGAAGACCAGGGGAACGAAGCAGAGCCGAUGCAAGACGAGGCCUCGUUGCCCGUUGCGGCUUCUGCCAGCUCAGCUGCCCAUGCUCCCCAGCCUGAAGUACUUCCAGCAGACGUACUUCCAGCAGAUGCUCCUGAGGCAAGACGUCGCGAUGCGAAACGUGUGAACUCUCUCCUGCGCCUGGGCGAUCACGGCCUCUUGAACAAGCCUUUGAGCGAGCUGGACAAACGCCUUACCUGA